AUGUGGUGCCUCCUUAUGCUGCUCUGCUGCCAAGGAAUCGCCUCUUCAGCUGGAUUCUCCUCCGUUCUGAACUCAGAGGAAAUCCAGAAAAAGAAGUCGCACAACCCUGAAUGCUUCAUGAACGUUAGUGAAAUUAUCAGAUAUCACGGGUAUCCCAGUGAGGAGCAUGAAGUUACUACUGAGGAUGGAUACAUUCUUCGUGUCUUCAGAAUUCCUGGUGGGAGGAACAGUCCCAACACAGGGCAAAAGCCUGUAGUCUUCCUACAGCAUGCUUUUCUAGGAGACUCUACCCACUGGAUUUCUAACCUGCCCAGCAACAGCCUUGGCUUCAUCCUAGCAGAUGCUGGCUAUGAUGUCUGGAUGGGAAACAGUCGAGGGAACACUUGGUCUUUAAAACACAAGACCCUUAAACCAUCCCAGAAGGAGUUCUGGCAGUUCAGCUUCGAUGAGAUGGGGAAAUACGAUCUUCCAGCAGAGCUCUACUUCGCCAUGAACAAAACUGGACAGAAACAUAUAUAUUACAUCGGCCACUCUGAAGGCACAACAAUGGGGUUCAUUGCAUUUUCUACAUACCACGAAUUGGCUCAGAGGGUCAAAGUGUUCUUUGCUCUGAGCCCAGUAGCCUCAUGUUCACAUGGUACAAGCCCUUUGGUUAAGAUAGCGAGCCUUCCUGAUCCACUACUCAGGCUUAUAUUUGGCUGUAAAGGAACACUGCAUCAGAUUGAAUUUAUGAAAAAACCUGUGGCACAGUUGUGUACAAGCCUGGAUAAGCUUUGUGGCCGUAUACUCUCAUACAUAGCUGGGGGCAACAUACAAAACAUGAACACGAGUCGAAUAGAUGUAUACGUAACACAUUGCCCAGCUGGGACUUCAGUUCAGAACAUCCUUCAUUGGCAUCAGAUAAAAUAUGCAAGACGAUUUCAAGCUUAUGAUUAUGGUGCUAAGGAAAAUAUGAAGAAAUACAACCAGUCCACUCCUCCUGCAUAUGAGAUAGAGAAGAUUAACACACCAAUUGCUGUUUGGAGUGGUGGAGAUGACAAGUUUGCAGAUCCAAAAGACAUAGCAAGUCUACUUCCUCGCAUCAAAAACCUCAUUCACUAUGACAAUUUUCCUGACUGGGGACACCUAGAUUUCAUCUGGGGCCUUGACGCAACUAAGAAAAUGUACUCAAAAAUCCUUCAACUAAUGACAAAGUAUCUUUGA